CUCCACUAAAAACGAAGAAGAGAGCCUCGUGUGUUUUUCUACCGGACAGAACCUCACGUGGAGGUUCCGGUUGCUGGCGCCACAGACUUAGAACAGGACCGAACCGAACCGCGACACGGACAUGGCGCACUCAGACGGCAUCACAAAACCGAAGACGAGGCGUUCCAAGCGCUUCCUGGAGACCCGAGAACCCAAACUGUUGGAGAACGUGAAGAGCGUCAUGAUCAUGAAGGGGGGCAACACAAACCAGACGGUCACUGAGGCCCUCAAAGACAUCUACUCCCUGAAGAAGCCCAACGCCGUGCUCUACAAGAAGAAGAACAUCACCCGACCUUUUGAAGACUCCACGUCUCUGGAGUUUUUCUCCAAGAAGAGCGACUGCUCUCUGUUCCUGUUCGGCUCCCACAACAAGAAACGACCCAACAACUUAAUUUUUGGUCGACUCUUUGACUUCCACGUUCUGGACAUGAUUGAAGUUGGAGUUGAGAAGUUUGUCUCUCUGAGUGAGUUUAAGAUCAGUAAAUGUCCUGAAGGAACCAAACCCAUGCUGGUGUUUGCAGGAGAAGCUUUUGAAAUGGACAACGAGUUCAAACGCCUCAAAAGUCUGCUAAUAGAUUUCUUCAGAGGUCCCACAGUCCCUGCAGUCCGUCUGGCCGGUCUGGAGCACGUUCUGCACUUCACUGCUGUGGACGGGAAGAUCUACCUGCGCAGCUACAGGUGUCUUCUGAAGAAGUCCGGCUGCAGGGUCCCGAGGAUCGAGCUGGAGGAGAUCGGGCCCUCCAUGGACCUGGUGCUGAGGAGAACUCACCUGGCCUCAGACGACCUCUACAAGCUAGCUCACAGGCAGCCUAAAGCUCUGAAGCCCAAGAAAAAGAAGAACAUUUCCCAUGAUGCCUUUGGUACCAAGUUCGGCCGGGUUCACAUGCAGAAGCAGGACUUGUCCAAAUUGCAAACGCGUAAAUUGAGGGGUCUGAAGAAGAGGAGGGGCGAGGUGGUGGCUGAAGAGGAGCAAAGGCCUGAGCCCAAAGUGGCCAAAGUGGAGAGCUGAAGGCGUCUUCUCCACCGAGAUGAUUCCUCAACCGCAGAAAGUCUUUAGGUUCCAUGAACAUUUUAAUUCACCAAGUCCUUUCCUCAGUUUCAAGCCUUUUUAUGGCUCUUGUUCCGUAACAUGGAUAAAACCUGGUUUUUAUCACCAUAGAUGAUGUGAUGUAGGAAUAAACUCAUCGAGGUUCUUGUAAAAGUUUGACAAAAUAAAUUCAAACAAAACAAAUGGCUCCCAUGAUCAAUGCA